AUGUUCGCGGCUUGCGCGCCGAGCGUGCCGGCGUCCCGCGGGUGGGGCGUGCCGCGCGGCUUGGGCGCCGGACACGCGUCCGAGAGGCCAUGUGGGCCAGGCGUGGAGAUGCCACGUGGUCGAGCAGCUGGCCUGGUUUGCCUCGCCAUGCUGCCGCAGCGAGGCCGCAACUUGCAGGUGAAUCGUGAGCUUUACCAGAAGUUGCUUCACAGCUCGCCAGAGGCGGUGCUCGGCCUUUGUGAGGAGUAUGCCGGUGUUUUGGAUGGUGUGAACCUCUCUGCUGCACUGCAUCAAUUGGCGCUCAAAAGCAGACGCGCUGGCACAGCCACGAGCGCUUGUGGUGCUUUGGUCUCCGAUCCACGCUUCGCACAGUUGAUGAACUCUCUCCUGCAGGUUUUGCCAUCCUUGGAGGCACAGAACCUGGCCAGAACCGCGUGA